AUGGCAACCGAUAGCAAAGAACUAGUGCUGGUCACCGGUGGAACAGGGUUUCUCGCUGCCCACUGCAUCAUCCGAUGUUUGGCGGCCGGAUACCGCGUGCGCACUACUGUCCGCUCGCUCAAGCGCAAGGACGAGGUCGUGAAUAUGCUUAAAGCUGGCAAAGCCACUAACAUCGAUGAUGUAUCCUAUGUUGAAGCCGAUCUUCUGAAAGAUGACGGCUGGCAUGAGGCUGUGAAAGACUGCAUGUACCCAGCCCCCCCCAAACACGACGAUGAAUUGAUCGUCCCCGCGCGGGAUGGCACUCUUCGUGUGCUCCGCGCAUCUCGUGAUGCAGGUGUCAAGCGCGUUGUCGUCACUUCGUCCAUGGCAGCCGUUACCGGCGGCAAUGGGAGCCGAGACGCUUCCAAUCCAUUCACUGAGGAUGACUGGACCGAUGUGGAUAAGCCUGGAGUCGGUGCUUACGAGAAGAGCAAGACACUUGCAGAGCGCGCUGCAUGGGACUUUAUCAAGAACGAAGGCGGCAAGCUGGAGUUGUCGACCGUCAACCCUUGUACUGUGCUCGGCCCUGUUCUUUCCAAGGACUCUUCAACAUCCAUCGAGAUCAUUAUUAGGCUUAUGAAUGGCGCGAUUCCGGGUUGCCCCAACCUGAAUUUUACGAUUGUCGACGUCCGAGAUGUUGCUGACCUGCACUAUCUGGCCAUGACGAACCCGAAGGCCAGCGGCGAGCGGUUUGUUUGUGUCGGCCCACCAAGGGGAUACUGGAUCUAUGAAAUGUCGAGAAUCUUGCGCGAGAAACUUGGUCAUAAAGCUAGGCGAGCCCCAACUCGACAGCUUCCCGAUUUCUUGCUUAGAACGAUAUCUUGGUUUGACUCCAGUGUUGCGCUCGUCUGCCCCAUGCUGGGUCUGCAGCAUGCUGCAUCAACGAAAAAGGCGGAAACACUGCUCGGCUGGGCUCCUCGCACGGUGGAGGAGUCUAUCGUUGCCUCUGCAGAGAGCCUUAUUGAAUUUGGUGUCGUGAAAGCUUGA